AGUUAAAUUUUUUUUUUGUUUAGUUUAGUUUAAUUAAUUUGUGGCGAUACUUUUAAUUUUUUUCAAUCCGAGAAAUUAAGGAGGGCUUUCAUGUAAAACAUUUGUGUGUCACAGGUACCCGUGGCUGAAGGAAAAAGUGUUCAACAAACGGUGGAGAUGUUAAACAAAAAAUUAGAGCAACUGGGAGCAGUGAAGCAGGGUAACUUCUAUGUGGAUUGCGAGACCUACCACGCGGGCGCACCUGCCAUAGCCAAUUCAGGUCAGAGUCAAAAGUUCCUGUAUGUAAUGCACAAUUCGGAGGCACCACUUAGCUGCUUUGCACUUUUUGAAAAUGGCCCCUGCUUGGUAGCUGAUCCCAACUUUGAUGUGCUAAUGGUCAAGUUAAAGAGUUAUUUUCAGAAUGCCAAAGGCAACAAAGUGGAGAGCAGAGGAGCACGCUAUCAGUACUGUGACUUUUUGGUGAAAUUGGGAACAAUCACAAUGGGAUCUAGUGCCCGUGGCAUUUCUGUGGAGGUUGAAUACUGCCCUUGCAUUGUGGCUAAUGACUGCUGGAACCUUAUGAUGGAGUUUAUGCAAAGCUUUCUGAGUUCCCAUGUCCCAGGUGCACCUGCUGUUUUUGGGGUUAAGCCUGAUGGAAUCUAUUCUCCAUCUGACACUAUGGUGCAAUAUUUGGAGCUGUUUAACAAAGUACGCAAACAACAGGCCGCACCAAGCACUGGGAUGCGUUGAACUAUCUCUCUCAUCUCCAUGUAUUCAUUUUACUUCCUGAAGAAAAGUUUAGGAAGGAGCACAAAGGAGGCAUCUUGGUUACUGAUAUUGAAACAAAACAUUUCAGCCAUUUGUUUGUCAAGCUACAAAUGGGAAAACAUGGAUAAAUAUGAUUGUAAAACCUAUCUGCAGCUGCACAGUAUUGUUACAGUAUUCUGGACAUUUGCUGGUGUUUGUGUCCUGUAUAAGGAGACAUUACUGUUAAAUCUGUACUGCACCAUUUGUACAUAUUUUUUUGCAAGUUGCAUUAUAUUUUGUUACCUUUAUUUAUAAAUGAUGAGAUUAGUUGCCUAGUACAGUCUCUGCAAAUUAGUGGCAUGAAAAUAUUAAUUAUGAAAACAGUAAUGUUCUCUGAACAGUCCUGCAAGUCAUAAAACAAUGGGCAGGUAGAGGAUUGAUUUACAAUGUGAAUUUAAUAUUUGGGACUAACCUAUGUUUUUAUUUGUAAUUUUGUGUUUUGAUUAUGACUGUGCAGUAAGAGAUUUUACAUUCCUGCAACUAAAGUGUUAUGAUUUUAUACUUUCAUUUGUACAACAGAAUAUAGCGAACUUGCAAAGAUUUUAAAUAAAAUAUUCUUUAGCCUAGUAUUUUUAAAAAUA